UCAAUUUGACAAGUCUCGAAAGCGAAAAUGAGCAAGUCGAGUCCGUCGCUGGCGACUCUCAGGAGCAGGGGCAGGGUGACGUCCGUAGUGAGCCUGAGCAGCACCGGCGUCCAUUACCUCAGGCCGGUGAAGAAAGUAAGGACCGAAAAGGACUUGGAAGAGUUCAAAAAGGAUGUGUUUAUCGAUGACCACACGCUGACGUUCGACGAGUUGGAGAGCAGAUACGAGACCGACUUGGAGAACGGCCUGACCAAGUGGAGAGCAGACGAGUUGCUCAUCCAGAACGGUCCCAAUUGCUUGGUUCCAUCUGAGACCACGUCUAAGUGGGCGGUUUUGGCCAAGUUCCUAUUCGGCGGUUUCAACACCUUAAUUUGGACGGGUAGCAUGCUCAGCUACGUGGAAUACAUCGUGACGGCCUUGUACGACGAGAGUCACGCGGGUCCCGAGUCGCUGUGGUUGGCGUCGAUCCUCGCUGGAAUCGCAACCAUCACCGGCCUGGUCGGCUUCUACAUGGAACAAACUCACUCGGCCAUCAUAGAAAGCUUCAAAAAAAUGAUUCCCAAGUACGCGAAGGUGAUAAGGGAGGGCUCCAAGUACAGCCUGCCCAGCGAGGAGCUGGUGCUUGGGGACGUGGUGGAAAUUGUCUCCGGUGAUAUGGUACCCGCUGACAUGAGGAUACUCGAGAGUCGAAACCUGAAGGUCGAUAACAGUCCAUUGACGGGAGAGUCGAUGGCCCAAUCGCGAGGCUCGGAGUAUACCCACGAAGACCCCAUGGAGACGAAGAAUUUAGUGUUCUAUGGCACGUGUGUGGUCGAAGGUAGAGGCCGUGGGGUGGUGAUCAGAUGCGGCGACGACACUGUCUUGGGUCACAUCGCGGGUUUGGCUACGGCGAUCGUCAAGGACGAGACCCUCCUCAGGAAAGAGCUGAACGCUUUCGUCAAGGUCAUAUCUGUCAUCGCAUGUUUGAUCGGUACCGCGCUAUUCGCGAUGUCGAUGGCGAAGGGCUACACGUUUUUCCAAAGUUUCACGUACUUUAUCGCGAUCGUGGUGGCGCAGGUGCCGGAAGGUUUGCCCGUUGCGUUCACCGUAUGCCUUACCUUGACCGCCAAACGGAUGGCCCGCAAGAAUUGCCUGAUCAAGAAGUUCGAAAUUUUGGAAACGCUCGGCGCGUGCGACGUCAUCUGUUCGGAUAAAACCGGGACGCUGACGCAAAACAAGAUGACUGCCUCGCGCGUGUUUUACGACGCGUCCGAAGUAGACGUGCUCAACUAUUGGGACGACGUUGACGUCGACAGCGUCGCGUAUCGGGCGUUGUGCGACGUCGCCGUUCUGUGUAGCCGGGCGGAUUUUGACGACGCUCGCAAUGUGAUCGGCGAUCCGAGCGAAUCGGCUAUCCUCAUGCUGAUGGACAAGCUGGUCGACAUCGAGACAACGCGGAAGAGGUUCCCAAAGGUGAUCGAAAUUCCAUUCAGUUCCUCCAACAAGUACCAGGUGUCCGUUCACCGGGUACCAACCGGAGGGUUCCUGGUCGUGAUGAAAGGUGCCCCCGAAAAGGUGCUCGAUCAUUGCGCCUCCAUACUGCGGGACGGCGAAGCUUUGAAGGUCAAUUCGCGGACAGCGAAGCCGAUAGCGCGGGCUCUCGCGAAUAUGGGUCGCAAGGGGGAGAGGGUUUUGGGCUUUGCCGAUUUGUAUUUGCCCGACUACGACUACGACUAUAAGUUCGACGUCGAGCAUCCGGACUUUCCACUGACCGGGCUCAGAUUCGUGGGCUUGCUCUCUUUAAUCGACCCCCCGCGGCCGUCCGUCGUCGAAGCGGUCAGCAAAUGUAGGAGUGCCGGCAUAAAGGUGAUCAUGGUCACCGGGGAUCACCCUAUCACGGCCGCCGCGAUCGCGCGCAAGGUCGGCAUCAUUUCACCUCACUUGCAGCCCAGCGUCGAGAACAUUACCCUUAUGACGUCACAGAGUCACUCGAGCUCGAUCGUCGUGACCGGUUCGGAACUCAAACAGAUGGAACCCUCGCGACUCGAGCAGGUGCUCAAAGACCACGACGAGAUAGUGUUCGCGAGGACGACGCCCCAACAAAAGCUGGGCAUCGUCGAAGCUUUGCAGAGAUUGAACAGGGUCGUCGCGGCUACGGGUGACGGCGUCAACGACUCCCCGGCCUUGAAGAAGGCCGACAUCGGGAUCGCGAUGGGUAUAAGCGGAUCCGAUGUGUCGAAAGAAGCUGCCGACAUGAUCCUGCUCGACGAUAACUUCGCCAGCAUCGUCAGGGGCAUAGAGGAGGGAAGGCUCAUCUUCGACAACUUGAAGAAGAGCAUCGCAUACGAGUUGACCGCCAACGUGCCGGAAAUCGCGCCGUUCAUUUUCCUCAUCCUCCUCAAUAUACCGCAGCCGUUGAGCAUCAUCGCGAUCCUGCUAAUAGACGUGGGGACCGACUUGUGGGGCGCCAUUAGCUUGGCGUACGAGAAGCCGGAGGCGGACAUCAUGAACAGGAACCCCAGGGAUCCGGGCAAGGACAAGCUCAUCAACCGGAGGCUGAUCGUGACGUCGUAUUUUCAGAUCGGGAUGAUACAGGUGUGCUCCGCGUUCGCUUGCUACUUCUACACCAUGGCGCAGUACGGCUUCUUCUGGGAUAGGUUGAUUGGUAUCAGGAAGGAGUGGGAGGACAGGACGGUGAACGACUUGGUCGACUCUUACGGGCAGGAGUGGAGUCACUCCAUGCGGAUGAUUCUUACGAGGAAAGGGAUCGCGUCGUAUUUCAUGUCGAUCGUGAUCACGCAGAUCGGGGAUUUGCUGAGGUGCAAAACGCGAAGGUUGUCGCUGUUCCAGCAGGGCAUGACUAAUCACGUCCUGAACACGGGCCUGACAUUCCAAAUAAUGCUCGGCCUGCUCUUCGUCUAUUGCCCGGGUUUGAACAGGGUGUUCGAUUUCGACGCGAUCCCAGUGGCGUCGUUCGCGCCGGCGUUGCCAUUUUGCCUCUUUAUCGUGGUUUACGACGAGUUUCGCAAGUUUAUGAUCCGAAGUUUCCCAAGGGGGUUCUUCCACAAAGAGACUUACUAUUAGGUUUAUUCCGUGAAGGGAUUUCGUUAAUAAAAGUUGAGUUUGACUUUGAGCGUUUUAAUGUCGGUGACCACCUUUGUUGUCUUCCCCUUGUCCAGUGAUAAAAAAAUAUUUAAUUUAAUUAACUGUAUAAUAGUGCCUUUUUCUAUUAAAAUUGGGUAGAUGCAUUAGACUUAAAAUCGAGAAUGUAGCUCUCAAAGAUUUUUCGAUGGAUCUUAUA